UUCUCGAGGCCACGAGAAAACAUUUGAUGCGUGCGCACGAGAGAGCGCGUGGUUUGAGGUGCGUGUUAAAAUGGCAGUGCAGGAGUUAAUUCGGCUCUAUUUCCAACUCGGACUUCACUGUAAGGACAUUGCUGCUUUGCUUGCUAGUCGUCAUCGCUAUAUUGUGUCUGAAAGACAUUUAAAACGAAUUAUGAAGGCAUGUAGUCUGUUUCGGCGCAAAGGAUACACCUCUUUGGAUCGCGUGGUAGAUUUCAUUCACCAGCAGUUACAAACAAGUGGCCAGCUGUGUGGAUAUAGGUGGAUGUACACUAAAUGCAAGGAGGAUGGAUUACACGUCAAGAAAGAAGAGGUGCGCUUAAUUCUUAAAGAACUUGACCCGAGGGGUGUUGAACUCAGAGGAAGGAGACGGCUCCAUCGUCGAAACUAUUUCGCAAAAGGGCCCAAUUAUAUUUGGCACUUUGACUCUUAUGACAAACUGAAACCAUUUGGUAUCUGUAUAAACGGCUGUAUUGACGGAUUUUCACGGAAAAUUAUCUGGAUGAAUGCAUUUACGACCAGCAGUGACCCAACAGUCAUUGGAGGCUACUAUAUGGAGGCAGUGAAGAAAUUUGGUGGUUGUCCGAGGAUUGUCAGGGGCGAUCGGGGCACUGAAAAUGUUAAAGUCAGAGACUUUCAGCGUUUUCUCCGUCGCAACAUUCAUGACGGCUCUGGUAUUGACAGCUACAUCGAAGGGGCAAGCACAGCAAAUCAGCGCAUAGAGAGUUGGUGGGGUUUCCUCAGAAGAGAAUCAAUGGAAUUCUACAUCUCUAUGUUCACUGACCUGAAGGACCGUGGUUUGUUCGGUGGUACAUACUUGGACCGAGGUCUAAUUCAGUUCUGCUUUAUGAGCUUCAUUCAGGAUGAAUUAGACGAGACCAUCAAUGUGUGGGAUGCACAUGUCAUCAGACCAUCAAAGAAUGACAGGGUGCCCAGUGGUCGCCCCCGAAUCAUGUACAUGUUCCCACAACUCUACACAACUUGUGAUUGCAUUUCCCCAGUGGAGAGAGCUGAUGUACGGUUGUGUCAGAGUAACUGCACAUUUCGACCAGCAGUGCCAUGUGACACAGACAUCUACAACAUCUGCAACAUUCUGAUGGCAGAGUCACGGCUGCAUCUUCCAGCUGAUGCUUAUCAAGCAUUGGAUCUGUACCUGCACCUGAGGAAUGAGAUAACAUCUGCUCUCUAA